AUGAGCUUACACAUCGUCACUGCCAUCGUAAUUUUUACAAGUCUUACUCAGAAUGUUCUUUCUGAAGACAAAUCUUUGUCGUCAUACAUUCAAGACUUGGGCUAUCCAGCGGAAGUACACGAAGUCACAACGCAAGAUGGUUACGUUUUAACUCUUCAUCGGAUCCCAAAAAGUCCAAAAACGAAAAAUUCCACAAAAUCUUCGCCAAUUCUGUUUGUGCACGGCAUAGGAGUCAGCGGCAGCCUGUUCAUUGUUCCAAUUCCCAGUGUCGAUAAAGGAAUUGCUUACAUGCUCUCCGAUGCCGGAUACGAUAUUUGGAUAUUACAUUCACGCGGGACCCAUCUUUCCAUGCGACACAUCAAACAUCCGCCACACAGCAAGAAAUUCUGGGACUUUAGUUGGCACGAAAUUGGAUUAUUUGACGUCACCACGUCCAUUGACUACAUUUUACGGACGACGCGCCGCAAGAAAAUCCAUUACGUCGGAUUGUCGCAAGGGAGCACUGCAUUUCUUGUCGCGCUCUCACAACGUCCCGACUACAAUCGGAAAGUGGCAUCAUCGUACCUCCUCGUGCCCGUUGGCUCAUUAGUGCACGUCGCUGGUUUCGCCAAAUUCAUGAUUGAGUCACGCAUUGCAGAUCGACUCGUCAAGACGUUCGGCGAUGCAAAUUUACAUUAUUUACCGUUGAAAAAUGAUUUUUUGAAGCAGACACUGAAGAUUUUCUGUCAAGAUAGAGUGCGAUUCACGUUGUGCCAGGAAUUGAUCGAAUUUAGUAUUGGACGCUUUAAUGCAUCAUUGGAUGUGUAUGAGUUACUUUUCACGUUUGUGGAAAUGGUAGACAAUGUCGGUGCGAAACAAUUCCAACAUUACAUCCAAGUAAAGCGAAGUGCGAGAUUUCAACUGUAUGACAACGGAAAAACACGAAAUCAGCAAAUUUACAAGACCAAAACGCCGCCGCUGUAUAAUUUAACAAACAUCGCGGUGCCAGUCACUCUCGUGUCAGGCAAAUUCGACAAUUUAGCAAGUGAAAAGGAUGUUUUGAUUUUAAAAUCGAAGCUUGCCAAUGUGAGACAUUUGAAUUUCGAAGCGAAUCAUAUUGACUUUUUAGGCGUUUCCGGGAUAUUAAAUGAAAUUAAAGACGACAUGAUACAGUUCAUGCGGCGUAAUGAGUAAAGAUAUGUCUGGUGGUGUGAGCAAAAAGUAAUUAUGAUUUUUAAUAGUCAUAAAAAUAUUCUUCCGUAACUUGUUGGCAAUUAUCGCAAAAUAAACAAGAAGGUCGCAAAAAAAGCCAUAAAAACUUCCGUUUAGGUUUUAUUUCUUUUUGUAGUGUGAGCGUAUUUUUGGUCAUUUAAUCAUUUUUUUGGAGUACUUUUUGUGGUUCAAAAUUUAUUUUAAACUUUUUUGCCCUUUCCUUAGUUGAACAUUUUAAAAUCAAAAAUGAUUAAAAAUUUCAUAUUUUUUUUUGUU